AGAGGGGGAGGAGGAGGAGAGGAGGGGGGCAGGAAAUGGCGGCCUGAGGGAGACACAGAGAUAGUGUCCCGUCCUCCGCUGUCCCCUACGCUCACACCUUGUGUGCCUCCUCCCCGCCUCCAGGAAAUCCCUGACACGCCAGCCGGGCUGGGCUCCCCCAACCCCCUCCUCCCUCCUGCUCACAAAGUUACAUUGUAAUCCUCACUUCUUCUUUUGUUGUUUCUCGUUGGCUCUGUGCGGCUUCCUUCUCCCCAAGCUGGAUGCCCCUGGGAGGCUGUGACAGGCUGGGGAGGCACCAUGACUCGCUGGAUCCCCACCAAGAAAGAGGAGAAGUAUGGAGUGGCCAUUUACAAUUACGAGGCAAAAGCAGCGGAUGAGUUGCAUCUCCAGAUCGGUGACACUGUGCACCUUCUAGAAACACAUGAAGGAUGGUACAGAGGAUACGUUUUGAGGAAAAAAUCUAAAAAGGGUAUAUUUCCUACCAGCUAUAUUCAUCUUAAAGAAGCCGCAGUUGAAGGAAAAGGGCAACAUGAAACCGUCACACCUUGCGAGAUUCCGCUUGUCCAUGAAGUCACCAACACACUGCGCGAGUGGUCUAUCAUAUGGCGGCAGCUUUAUGUUCAAGAUAAUCGUGACAUGUUUAACUGCGUCAGGAAUAUGAUCUGUGACCUGGUGGAGUGGAGAUCACAGAUCUUGUCUGGAACACUGCCGCAAGAUGAACUGAACGAGCUUAAAAAGAAAAUCACAGCGCGGAUUGAUUAUGGAAACAGGAUCCUUGAUUUGGACCUGGUUGUACGAGACGAAGAUGGAAAUAUACUCGACCCAGACCAAACCAGCACGAUUAGUCUUUUCAGGGCACAUGAAAUAGCUUCCAAGCAAGUUGAAGAAAGAAUCCAGGAAGAAAUGUUGCAGAAACAGAAUGACAUCAACAGACAAGCCAAGUUUGCCGCCACACCCUCGUUUGCCUUGUUUGUGAAUUUAAAGAAUGUAGUGUGUAAGAUCGGGGAGGACGCUGAAGUUCUGAUGUCUCUUUAUGACCCUUCUGAGAGUAAAUUUAUCAGUGAAAACUACUUGGUGCGCUGGUCAAGCUCGGGCCUGCCGAAAGAUAUCGAGCGGCUGCAUAAUCUACGAGCAGUUUUCACAGAUCUUGGCAGUAAAGACCUAAAUAGAGACAAGAUAAGCUUUGUAUGUCAGAUUGUAAGAGUUGGGCGCAUGGAAUUACGAGACAAUAGUACCAGAAAACUUACAUCAGGUCUCAGGAGGCCUUUCGGUGUGGCAGUAAUGGAUGUGACUGACAUAAUUACCGGAAAACUCGAUGACGAGGACAAACAGCAUUUUAUACCUUUUCAGCCGCUAGCCUUGGAUGACGUCAUCCGCCACAAGCAGCUCAACCUAUCAUCCCGUUUUUCAUCCAGGGUGGCAGGGGAGAAUGAUUUCCUGCAGACGGUCAUCAACAAAGUAAUCGCCGCCAAGGAGGUUAACCACAAAGGUCAAGGUCUUUGGGUCACAAUGAAACUGCUCCCUGGUGACAUUCAUCAGAUUCGUAAGGAAUUUCCUCACCUGGUGGACAGGUCUACAGCUGUUGCACGGAAAAUGGGAUUCCCUGAAAUUAUCAUGCCAGGCGAUGUACGCAAUGAUAUCUAUGUCACACUUCUCCAAGGUGAUUUUGACAGAGGCAACAAAACCACUGCCAAAAAUGUGGAAGUCACGGUCUCUGUUUUUGAUGAAGAUGGAAAGAGAUUGGAGAAUGUGAUUUACCCGGGGGCAGGAGAUGAAGCGAUUUCAGAAUACAAAUCUGUGAUAUACUAUCAAGUGAAGCAGCCCCGCUGGUUUGAAACUGUUAAGGUUGCAAUCCCGAUUGAAGAUGUGAAUCGGAGCCAUUUAAGGUUCACGUUUCGCCACCGAUCAUCUCAAGAGUCUAAAGACAAGUCAGAAAAGAUAUUUGCUGUAGCAUUUGUGAAACUAAUGAGAUAUGAUGGAACAACACUAAGAGACGGAGAGCAUGAUCUCAUUGUUUACAAGGCAGAGGCGAAGAAGCUUGAAGAUGCAUCGACAUACCUGGGCCUCCCUGCCACAAAAAUUGAACUGGAGGAGAAAGGACACGCAUCUCUGGGGAAAAGCAUGCAGAAUUUAGGCAGCUGUACCAUCAGCAAAGACUCCUUCCAAAUAGCCACUCUCGUCUGCUCAACUAAACUCACACAGAAUGUGGAUUUGUUGGGUCUCUUGAAGUGGCGCUCUAAUACGAACUUACUGCAGCAGAAUUUGUGCCAGUUAAUGAACGUUGAUGGAGGAGAAGUUGUAAAGUUCUUGCAGGACACAUUGGAUGCGCUGUUUAACAUCAUAAUGGAAAACUCUGAUACGGAAACAUAUGAUAUAUUAGUCUUUGAUGCCUUGGUGUUUAUUAUUGGCCUGAUUGCAGAUCGCAAGUUUCAACACUUCAAUCCUGUUUUGGAGACCUACAUAAAGAAACAUUUCAGUGCAACCUUAGCUUACACAAAACUGACAAAGGUGCUAAAAAACUAUGUGGAAAAUGCAGAUAAACCCGGUAUCACAGAACAAGUAUUUAAAGUAAUGAAAGCACUGGAAUACAUCUUCAAAUUCAUUGUGCGCUCAAGAAUUUUGUUUAUUCAACUUUAUGAAAAUAAAGGAGAAGCUGAGUUCAUGGAAUCUUUGCUGAAGUUGUUCAAAUCAAUCAAUGCGAUGACAAGCAGCCAGACCGAUCAGACUGUUAUAGUUAAGGGGGCUGCGCUUAAAUAUCUGCCAACAAUUGUAAAUGAUGUCAAACUUGUCUUUGAUCCAAAAGAGUUAAGCAAGUUGUUUACAGACUUCAUCUUGAAUGUUCCAAGAGAUCGUCUUGUGCGACAGAAGCUCUAUUGCCUUAUUGAGAUAAUACACAGUGACCUUUUCAGCCAGCUUGAAUGCAGAGACAUCCUCCUUCCCAUGAUGACCGAUCAGCUCAAGUAUCACUUGGAGAGACAGGAGGAACUGGAGGCCUGUUGUCAGCUGCUGAGCAACAUCUUGGAAGUGCUUUACAGAAAAGAUGUGGGACCAACGCAACGUCAUGUUCAGAUCAUCAUGGAAAAACUUCUGAGAACAGUAAACCGUACUGUAAUAUCUAUGGGAAGAGAUUCGGAACUCAUUGGAAAUUUUGUUGCCUCCAUGACGGCAAUUUUACGUCAGAUGGAAGACUAUCACUACAGCCAUCUUAUCAAAACACUUGGGAAAAUGAGAACAGAUGUGGUGGACUUUCUUAUGGAAACAUUCAUCAUGUUUAAGAACCUGAUUGGGAAGAAUGUGUACCCCUCAGACUGGGUUAUAAUGAACAUGAUGCAGAACAAAGUGUUCUUACGAGCAAUUAAUCAGUAUGCCGACAUGCUAAACAAGAUGUUUUUGGAUCAAGCAAACUUUGAGCUGCAGCUGUGGAAUAACUAUUUUCACCUGGCUGUUGCUUUCCUUACCCAAGAAUCCCUGCAGCUGGAGAAUUUUUCAAGUGCCAAAAGAGUCAAAAUCCUGCUUAAGUACUGUGAUAUGAGAAGGCAGAUCGGCUUUGAAAUCAGAGAUAUGUGGUAUAAUUUAGGUCAGCACAAAAUCAAAUUCAUUCCUGAAAUGGUUGGCCCUAUUUUGGAGAUGACCUUGAUCCCGGAGACAGAGCUACGGAAAGCCACCAUCCCGAUUUUCUUUGACAUGAUGCAGUGUGAAUUCCAUUCCACAAGGAGCUUUCAGAUGUUUGAGAAUGAGAUUAUCACAAAGUUGGACCACGAAGUGGAAGGCGGGAGAGGGGAUGAGCAGUACAAAGUGUUGUUUGAGAAAAUACUCUUGGAACACUGUAGGAAACAUAAGUAUCUGGCAAAGACUGGAGAGACCUUUGUGAACUUGGUUGUCCGCCUGAUGGAGAGACUGCUGGACUACAGAACAAUAAUGCACGAUGAGAACAAAGAGAACCGGAUGAGCUGCACUGUCAACGUUCUGAAUUUCUACAAAGAGAUUGAGAGAGAAGAAAUGUAUAUAAGGUAUUUGUACAAACUGUGUGACUUGCAUAAAGAAUGUGACAACUAUACAGAGGCCGCAUAUACACUACUGCUGCAUGCCAAGCUGCUAAAGUGGUCUGAAGAUGCUUGUGCCGCACAUCUUACUCAGCGGGAUGGUUACCAGGCAAGCACACAAGGACAAUUAAAAGAUCAACUCUACCAAGAGAUUAUCCAUUUCUUUGACAAAGGAAAGAUGUGGGAGGAAGCCAUCACCCUCGGCAAAGAGCUGGCUGAGCAAUAUGAGAAUGAGAUGUUUGACUAUGAACAGCUGAGUGAACUGCUGAAAAAGCAAGCCCAGUUCUUUGAAAACAUUGUGAAAGUCAUUCGGCCAAAGCCUGAUUACUUUGCAGUUGGAUAUUAUGGACAGGGGUUUCCAACAUUUCUUAGGAACAAAGUGUUCAUCUACAGAGGAAAAGAGUACGAGCGACGGGAAGACUUUGAGGCUCGGCUGCUAACCCAGUUUCCCAAUGCGGAAAAGAUGAAGACGACUUCUGCACCAGGAGAUGACAUCAAGAACUCUACUGGACAGUAUAUUCAGUGUUUCACAGUGAAGCCGCUGCUUGAAUUGCCCCCGAAGUUUAAGAAUAAGCAUGUCUCUGAGCAGAUACUAAGUUUUUACAGGGUGAAUGAGGUUGUUCGGUUCCAGUACUCCAGACCCAUAAGGAAAGGAGAGAAAGAUCCUGACAAUGAAUUUUCUAAUAUGUGGAUUGAGAGGACAACUUUUUCAAUAUCUUACAAACUUCCAGGCAUCCUGAGAUGGUUUGAAGUGAAGGCUAUGGGUACGAUUGAGAUAAGCCCACUGGAAAAUGCAAUUGAGACAAUGCAACUCACAAAUGAGAAAAUUAAUAAUUUGGUGCAGCAGCAUAUGAAUGACUCCAAUUUACCCAUAAAUCCUCUUUCCUUACUCCUGAAUGGCAUUGUGGACCCAGCAGUGAUGGGGGGAUUUACCAAUUAUGAGAAGGCCUUCUUCAAUGAGAAAUACAUGUCAGAACACCCAGAGGACCUUGAGAAUAUUGAAAAAUUGAAGGACCUGAUUGCAUGGCAGGUUCCAUUCCUGGCAGAAGGAAUACGCAUCCAUGGAGAAAAGGUCACCGAAGCUCUGCGGCCAUUUCACGAGAGGAUGGAGACGUGUUUUAAGCAACUGAGAGAGAAGGUGGAGAAGCAGUACGGGGUUAGGACUCUGGUGUCCAAUAUUGACGAGAGGAGGGGCAAUCGACCCAGAUCUAUGGUUAGAUCUUUUACUAUGCCAUCAUCAUCCAGACCUUUAUCGGUUGUGUCCAUCUCUUCUGUGUCAUCGGACAGUACACCUUCAAGACCAGGUUCUGAUGGUUUUGUUCUUGAGCCUUUCUUGCCAAAGAAGAUGCAUUCCCGCUCCCAAGAUAAAUUGGACAGAGAUGAUCUUGAUAAGGAGAAAAAAGAGAAAAAGAAGGAGAAGAGGAACAGCAAGCACCAGGAAAUAUUCGAUAAGGAGUUCAAAGCGACUGACAUUCCACCCCAGCAAUCUGAUGCUGUUAUACUUUCAGAGACCAUAAGCCCAUUAAGGCCUCAGAGACCAAAGAGUCAAGUCCUGAUUACCGUUGCUGGUGAUAGGCGCUUCUCUGUAUCCCCGGGUCAGCCUUCAACUCAGCAACCGCCACCUGUCACUCCCAGAGCCAAGCUCACAUUUACUGUAUCACUAGGCAUGGAACAAAAUGGUGUCUCUGCUGUAGAACCAACGGAUAUCCCCCCUCCACUGCCAGUCAAAGGAAGUACAUCAGAUUAUGGGAAUGUCAUGGAUUAUCAAGAAUACAUCCAGCCUGCUACACUACCACCUCCACCGCAGAGGCACUUGCCACCUCCGCUGCCCAGCAAAACUCCACCACCACCUCCUCCAAAGACGACGAGGAAGCAGCCCUCCGUGGAUUCCGGCAUCAUGCAGUAAAGCACCCGCCACAUUCCGGAUGUACGGCGAUGAAUUUACCUCAUUUGGGCCGCAGUGUUUCCAUUUCACCUUUGUGCAAUCAUCCCUAAUACAAGAAAGGUCGCUUCGAUUUAACAUAAUGUACUAUGAUAAAAAAAAAAAAAAGACUUUGUGAGCUACUGAGUUGUGGAUACUAAUUUAUGCAUUAUAAUACUAAGGGAGCGAUUUACAGAGAAGGCAAAUCAAGAGAGAAGGAUGUCCGCGAUGGCGGCAUUGCUAAUAUCUGUCACUUCCUGUUUCAUGAUCUUGUACAGAAGUUUGUAUAUAUGACUUUUUUUUAUUUUAGGCUCUUUUAAGGUUUUUUUUUUUUUUUUAAUGAUAGUUUUACUGUAAUAGAUCUUAAUACCUACUUACAUUCUUACGCAUUUCCAGUCAGUGGCCCCUGCUGAAGGUAUAUAUAGGAUAGUUCAGCGGUGCUGUACCUGUGCCAACUGAUAAAAAAAAACAACAUAAUUUUGUGUCUUGUCAUGUGACUAUUACGACGCCGAUUUGCUGUAUGUGUAUUCUUUGCAUUCCAUUUUAUAACCUCCCUGUAGAUUUUGUUAUAUACAUAACUGACUAAAACAAUAAAAAGGCGUUU